UGGGAAAUCUGAGAAACUAUUGAUCCCUUAUGAAAUACCAUGGCAUGUCAACUCUUUAAAAGGUGAAAUGCCUCCAACAUGGCUCCCAGGAAUGAAGAACCUUUCCAGCUCUACCUUUCCAUCUACCUGCUCACUAUCAUCACUGGCUUUCCCACCAAUCUGCUGGCUCUGUGGGCCCUCAUCAAGAAGCUGAAGACCAAUGCCACACCCAACUGUGUCCUCCUCCUCAACCUCACUCUUUCCGACCUCUGCUUUCUGGCCUUCUUGCUCUUCAAGGUAGCGGAGGCCAGUGCUGGUGGCUUUUGGCCUUUUCCUUAUAUUCUGUGUCCCCUCAGUGGCCUCUUCUACUUCAGCACCAUCUACUCAAGCACACUGUUCCUCACGGCAGUGAGUGUGGAACGCUACCUAGGUGUGGCCUAUCCCAUCCAUUACAGGUUGAGGCGCCACUCAACUUAUGCAGCAGUGGCCAGUCUAGGGCUCUGGGCCUGCUCUUUUGCCCACUGUAGCAUUGUGUUCAUCACUGAGUUCCAUCAGGCCAACAGUUCUAUGGAGAGCGGCGGUAUCGUCUGUUAUAACAAUUUCACGGCUGGUCAGCUUGCACUCCUCCUCCCUGCUCGGCUGGAACUUGGCAUUGUCCUCUUCUUGGUCCCAUCCUUGAUCACCUCCUUCUGCUACUGUGGCUUUAUGAAGAUCGUGAUCUCUUCAUCUCACAUCUGCAGUGCCAAAAAGCAACGAGCUGUGGGGCUGGUGGCAACAACUUUAGCUGUCUUCAUCAUCUGCUUUUCCCCCUACAAUGUUUCCCACUUUGUUGGUUUCAUCCAGGGGAAUAGUCCAAUAUGGAGGGAUAAGGCCUUGAUUCUUAGUACCUUUAAUGCAAGCUUGGACCCUAUCAUCUUCUACUUCUCCUCUUCUGCUGUGCAACAUUCGUGCCGGGGUUUCCUGAUCCAGGUCAAAAGGGUCUGCACUCUCCCUCCUUUGGUCAAGAAGCUCUUCUGCAAAGAGACCGAGAUACUGAAGAGACCAAGUACCCAGGAGCCGGUUUGCUGUUCCAAGCUAUGAUCUCCUGUGUCUAUGGAAACUUUCAGAGACUGAAUUCUUUCCU